GCAGUCACGUCGGCCAUGUCGGCCAUCCUCUCCGUACGCGGCGCCCGCGCCUUGCUCGUUGCCGCCUUCUUCAUGGCCGUCACUCUGAUUUUCACACUCCGGGAUGGCUAUCGCUUCAGCGCAACGCGAGGCCAGGUCGACAGUGCAGCACCUAAAGAGAACACCGACGGCGACAAGCCCCAGCCUCCCGAGGUAAAAUAUAUUCCGUCCCCGACGUGGACGCCUCCCGCCGUGAGGGAUCCGUUCCCCGCGCUCGCCACGGCGACAGCGGCCCCGGCGAUCCCUCCGUGGAACACCCCCAAGCCGGGUCUGCACACACAUUACGGCCUCGACUAUCAGCCGCCUCUAUUCAUAGGCUUCACUCGCACCUGGCCGAUCCUGCUCCAGGCUGUCGUCUCCUACAUCACUGCCGGAUGGCCACCCUCCUCCAUUCAUGUUGUGGAGAAUACGGGUGUCCAGCACGCAAACGCGGAGGGAAUGCUCACGCUGCAGAAUCCCUUCUUUCUCAACCACACGCAGCUUCGACUCCUCGGCGUCAACGUCGUCCGGGCCCCGGUCCUGAUGAACUUUGCCCAGCUGCAAAACUACUUUACCUAUCUCGCCAGGGAGAAUAACUGGCCGUGGUACUUUUGGAGCCACAUGGACGUCCUGGUGCUGUCGUACGAGGAUGGCCUCGAGGGUGUGACGCCGCGGGCCGGGGACAAGGGGUACAAGACGGUGUACGAGCUCUGCCUGGCCGAGUUGAACGCGACGCGACACGGCGACGACAAGGACCGGUGGGCGGAUCGAUUCUUCGCCUACGACCACCUCACGCUGGUGAACCGCGCCGCGUACGACGCUGUUGGCGGCUGGGACACCUUCAUCCCAUACUACAUGAACGACUGCGACAUGCACUCGCGCUUGCUGAUGGGGGGCUGGACACAGCGUGACGCCCUCGCCGGCAUCGUCACCGAUGUGAGCGCCGUCCUCGACGACUUUGGCGCCUUUUACCGCGAUCCGUCCAUCAGCCCGACCUUUACCGAUCCUAACCCACCACCACCGCCCCCCCGAAAAGACGAGGCCAAGGACGAUGGCAAGAAGAGCAAGCGUGAGGUAGCUGAGAUCGGCGGCCGCACCGGCAAAAACGCCGUGCCGACCAACGAGGAGACCGAUUACUGGAUCCGCCUCCGGGAGACUGCGAACAGCAUGUUCCACUACAAGCACGGCUCGCGCGGGCGCAACACCUGGCAGCUCGGCCAGCAGGGCGGCGUGGGGGAGCCGUUCUACUAUCCGGCGCGGGGCGUCGCCGAGGCCAUUGAUGUCUUGACGGAAGCGGGUAGGGAGGUCUUCCGACGGAAAUGGGGGCACCGAGACUGUGACUUGCUCACGGGGACGAGGUUAAAGGCCGACGACCAGUGGAGGGUGGAGAAGGACUGGUAGACGACUGCUAGGUUUCGCGCGCUUGUUGGGCCACGAAGCCGAUUCAUGCGCUUGGAAAAUUCGUAUAUACCCUUUCGUCGCUGGUUGCCUAGAACGAGCUUGAUAGAAUAGUGUGAGGCCGAGGAAGAGGUCCGGGAUACGCACAGAUGAACAAAGACACAGGCGGAAUGCAAUGUACAACAUAGAUAGAUGGCGGGCGGUGAAUGACCAAGUGGCCAAAAACAGAAGGGCAUUUCUCUUGCUUUUCGG